UUACAGCUUAUAUGAAUAAGCACUUUUGUAUAAAUGAAGAACAAUAACACAGGCGAAAGAAUUGCUGUAUUGACAUCACACUUCACUCGUUCAACUCCAAUGGCUUCUGAGAAAGAAGCUGCUCUUGCUGCCACUCCUCCUGAUUCUGAUUCUCCCACCAUAUUUGACAAGAUCAUCAAAAAGGAGAUUCCUUCGACUGUGGUUUAUGAGGAUGAUAAGGUGCUUGCCUUUAGGGACAUCCAACCUCAAGGUCCUACACACAUUCUAGUCAUUCCUAAAGUCAGAGACGGGUUGACUGGUCUAUCUAAGGCUGAGGAAAGGCACAUUGACAUUCUUGGACGACUUCUUUACACCGCCAAGCUGGUUGCGAAACAAGAAGGUCUUGAUGACGGCUACAGAGUUGUAAUUAACGAUGGGCCAAAAGGAUGCCAAUCAGUUUACCACAUUCAUGUGCAUGUUAUUGGUGGUCGACAGAUGAACUGGCCACCCGGCUAAAACGUAGGAAUGAUUUGCGAAGGAUCGCGGGCUUUAAAAUAAUCAUAUGGCAGUAAUACUCUGGUUGUACUGUCUUUAAAUAAUGGUUUUAGUGACUAAUAAUUUGAUACAUGGUAUUUGAAGCUUCUGCGAUGACUACUUUAUCUAUGGUUUUAAACUGUUCUUGAAUUUAGGUUAAAA